AGACAAAGCUACAAUGGCUCAAUCUCUCUGCUAGCUUUGAGUUGCAUUAACGUUACAUAUUGUUGCAAGUGGAGCGUUCAGAUUGACAACGAUCCGUUUUAUGAAGCCGUUUAAACAGACUAAUCUAAACUAGGUAAUGACACCUGCUGUGACUUUGUCAAGAUGAAUCGUCCAAAACCCACAACUCUCAGGCGCCCCAGUGCUGCCAAACCAUCAGCUCACCCACCACCAGGAGAUUUCAUUGCCCUUGGAUCAAAGAGCCAGGGUGGAGAGCCCAAAGCCCCUGCUGUCCUCCUGAAACCAGCAUCCACAGGUCUACCAGCCGACCGUAAGAGAGAGACUUCCUCCACUCUGCCUUCCUCAUCGGGUCUGUCCAGCCUCGCCAAGCGUCCCAAACUAUCCACCACCCCUCCAGUCAGUGCCCUGGGAAGACUCGCUGAUGUAGCAGCUGUGGACAAGAGGGCAAUAUCGCCCUCAAUAAAGGAGCCUUCAGUGGUGCCUAUUGAAGUGUCACCGGCAGUGCUGCUGGAUGAGAUUGAAGCUGCAGAGUCUGAAGGAAACGACGAUCGCAUUGAGGGACUCCUGUGUGGAGCAGUGAAACAACUCAAGAUGAACCGAGCCAAACCUGACAUCACACUGUAUCUCAGUCUCAUGUUCCUGGCCAAAAUCAAGCCCAAUGUUUUUGCUACUGAAGGAAUUAUUGAGGCGUUGUGUAGCCUCCUGCGUCGGGAUGCUUCUAUCAACUUUAAAGCAAAGGGGAACAGCCUGGUGUCCGUUCUUGCUUGCAAUCUGCUGAUGGCAGCCUACGAGGAAGAUGAGAACUGGCCAGAGAUUUUUGUGAAAGUGUACAUUGAGGACUCUUUGGGGGAAAGAAUCUGGGUUGACAGUUCUCACUGUAAGAAUUUUGUCGACAACAUCCAGACGGCUUUUGGCACAAAGAUGCCUCCAAAGAGUAUGCUGCUGCAGGCCGACACUGGCCGCUCUGGAGGAGAUCUCAGUGCAGGUAGCAGCCCCCACCCCUCAACCCCUGAUGAGGAUGACAGCCAGACUGAAUUACUGAUAGCAGAGGAGAAACUCAGCCCAGAGGAUGAAGGGCAAGUGAUGCCGAGGUAUGAGGAACUGGCAGAGAGUGUGGAGGACUAUGUGCUCGACGUCCUCAGGGAUCAGUUGAACCGCAGGCAGCCGAUGGACAACGUGUCGCGGAAUCUGUUGCGUCUGCUCACGGCCACGUGCGGCUACAAAGAGGCGCGACUCAUGGCUGUGCAGAGGCUGGAGAUGUGGCUCCAGAACCCGAAGCUGACUCGACCGGCCCAGGACCUCCUCAUGUCUUUGUGUAUGAACUGCAACACCCACGGAGCAGAUGACAUGGAGGUGAUCUCCAACCUGAUCAAGAUCCGGCUCAAACCGAAAGUCCUCCUCAACCACUACAUGCUGUGUGUCAGGGAGCUGCUGAACGCACACCGAGACAACCUGGGCACUAUGGUCAAGCUGGUGAUCUUCAAUGAGCUGUCCAAUGCCAGGAAUCCCAACAACAUGCAAGUCCUCCAUACAGUGCUCCAGCACAGCCCAGAACAGGCUCCAAAGUUCUUGGCGAUGGUGUUCCAGGACCUGCUUACCAAUAAGGACGAUUACCUCCGUGCCUCCCGAGCUUUGCUGAGAGAGAUCAUCAAACAAACCAAGCAUGAGAUUAACUUCCAGUCCUUCUGCUUUGGUUUAAUGCAGGAGAGAAAGGAGGCCAGCUACGUGGACAUGGAGUUCAAAGAGCGUUUUGUCAUCCAAGUGACAGAUUUACUGACCGUUUCCAUGAUGCUGGGCAUCACUGCUCAGGUCAAAGAAGCCGGCAUUGCGUGGGACAAAGGCGAGAAGAAGAAUCUGGAGGUCCUGAGGUCAUUCCAGAAUCAGAUCGCUUCCAUACAGAGAGACGCCGUGUGGUGGCUUCACACCGUGGUUCCCACCAUCAGCAAAGUUGGCGCAAAAGACUACGUUCACUGCCUUCACAAAGUGCUUUUCACAGAGCAACCUGAGACAUAUUACAAGUGGGACAACUGGCCUCCUGAGAGUGACAGAAAUUUCUUCCUCCGUCUCUGCUCCGAGGUGCCUCUGCUGGAAGACACACUGAUGCGCAUUCUGGUGAUCGGCUUGUCACGUGAUUUGCCCCUGGGCCCAGCUGAUGCCAUGGAGCUGGCAGAUCACUUGGUUAAGAGGGCUGCGGGAGUUCAGUCCGAUGAUCUGGAGGUCCUGAGAGUGGAGAGGAUCCAGCUCAUUGAUGCCGUGCUGAAUCUGUGUACAUACCAUCACCCGGAGAACAUUCAGCUGCCAGCAGGGUACCAGCCGCCAAAUUUGGCGAUAUCCACGCUCUAUUGGAAGGCGUGGCUGCUGUUACUUGUGGUGGCUGCAUUUAAUCCACAGAGGAUAGGUCUGGCUGCCUGGGAUGGCUAUCCUACGCUGAAAAUGCUCAUGGAGAUGGUUAUGACAAAUAACUACACCUACCCUCCUUGCACCGUUGCGGACGAGGACACAAAGACCGAGAUGAUCAACAGGGAGCUGCAGAUCUCCCAAAGAGAGAAACAAGAGAUUCUGGCCUUUGAGAGCCACCUGGCAGCAGCUUCCACCAAGCAGACCAUCACAGAGAGCAACAGUUUACUGUUGUCUCAGCUUACCAGUCUGGAUCCACAGGGUCCUCCUCGUCGACCUCCACCGCAAGUCCAGGAGCAAGUAAAAAGCCUCAACCAGUCUCUGCGUCUGGGACACCUCCUGUGCCGCAGCCGCAACCCAGACUUCCUUCUCAACAUCAUCCAGAGACAGGCUUCCUCUCAGUCCAUGCCGUGGCUGGCUGAUUUGGUUCAGUCCAGUGAGGGGUCCUUGGAUGUGCUUCCAGUGCAGUGCCUGUGUGAAUUCCUUCUGCAUGACGCUGCAGAUGACAGUCUGCCAAUAGAGGAUGACGACGAAGGAGAGAGCAAAGAGCAGAGGGCCAAGAAGAGACAAAGACAACAAAAGCAAAGGCAGCUACUUGGGCGACUCCAGGAUCUCUUGUUAGGUCCUAAGGCUGAUGAACAGACGACAUGUGAAGUGCUGGAUUAUUUCCUCCGUCGUCUCAGCUCCUCUCAGGUGGCAUCGAGAGUCCUAGCCAUGAAGGGUUUGUCACUGGUGUUGAGUGAAGGAGGCUUGAAGGAUGGAGAUGAGCGGGAUCAACCCAUGGAAGAAGACUCUGCAGAUGCUGAGCUCUUGCCAGGGUACCAGUGGUUGCUACAAGACCUCCCAAAGCUCCCCUUGUUUGACAGCGUCAGGGGCAUGACGUCCACUGCUCUGCAACAGGCCAUUCACAUGGAGACAGAUCCACAGACCAUCAGUGCCUACCUCAUCUAUUUAUCCCAGCAUGCACCAGUAGAGGAGCAAGCCUCUCACAAUGACCUGGCUCUGGUAAUCACGGACGUUGCCCGGCUCAUCGUCGAACGCUCCACCAUCAUGAACAGCCUGUUCUCCAAACACUCCUCCAGGCCCGAGUCCGAUGCCGUGCUGUCUGCUUUCCUCACCAUCUUCUCCACUUACAUCAAGAGGAUGAGGAAGACCAAAGAGGGCGAGGAUCUUUACAGCUGGUCAGAAUCUCAGGAUCAGGUGUUUCUGCGUUGGACUACAGGAGAGACUGCUACGAUGCACAUCCUUGUAGUCCAUGCCAUGGUUAUCCUGCUGACUCUGGGGCCACCCAAAGGAGAGAGUGAUUUCUACGCUCUUUUGGACAUUUGGUUCCCUGACAAGAAACCUCUACCCACUGCCUUCCUGGUUGACACCUCUGAGGAGGCUCUUCUGCUGCCCGAUUGGUUGAAACUGAGGAUGAUCCGAUCAGAGGUUUCUCGAUUGGUUGAUGCAGCUUUGCAAGACCUGGAGCCUCAGCAGCUGCUGUUGUUUGUUCAGUCCUUUGGCAUUCCUGUAUCCAGCAUGAGCAAACUGCUGCAGUACCUGGAUCAGGCCGUUUCCCAUGAUCCUCAGACACUUGAGCAGAACAUCAUGGACAAGCACUACAUGGCCCACCUGGUUGAGGUGCAGCAUGAGCGAGGUGCCACUGGGGGGCACACUUUCCAUUCAUUAUUGAGCUCCUCUCUUCCUCCACACAGAGAUUCUGCUGAAUCAAGUAAGGCCAAAGUUACUGUGGAAACACCCCACAGCUCUGUGAAGAUGAGAGCAGCCAGUCAGCUUCCUGCAGUCGGACCUGACGAUGAUCUCACUGGCAUGUUGCUUCAGAUAUUCCCCUUAAAGGUGGACCCUCGCUGGCAUGGCCCACCUCCCAGCCAGCUCUCCCUGGCUCUGCAGCAAGCCCUGGCUAAAGAACUGAUGCGGGCUAAACAGGGCCAAGUUCAGCAGGGCGGGUUGGCAUUUCGCCUCCUGCAGGCCUUUGCUGCCCUGCUUACUUCUGCCCACGCAGGGCCUAUCGUCAUGUCAAUGCACCGCAGCCACGCCCUGUCCUGUCCUCUCAUGCGCCAGCUUCACCUCUACCAGCGCCUCGUGUCCCAGGACGUUGCUUUCUCCUCACUGUUCCUCAAGGUCAUUGUUGAGAUGUUAAUCUGGUUAGACAACCCAACUGUGGAGGCAGGACCUCUGAAGACUCUGCUCAGAUCCUUCGCCGGUCAAAACUCUCACAAACACAGGCACAAUGAUGUGAGGACGGGUUUCCUCCACCUGGCUGAGGCUUUGGCCUAUCACAGAGAUACUGAAGUGCCACUAAGAGCCAUCAUUGCAAUGCUGAAAGCUGGAGACAGAUGUAAUGCAGAAGCAGAGCUCAUUGGCAAAGUGUUACAGGGGCUGAUGGAGGUGAGGUCGCCGUAUUUAGAGGAGCUACUGUCUCUGCUGAUGACUGUGGGUACGCAGAACGGUACAGCUGGCCCUGUUGCCAUGGUGAUUUCCCUGCUGCUUCAGGAAAGCGAGGAGCGAGCUGUGAAAAAGGAAGUGGAUUCUAACAACAGCUCUGAGGUGACAAAGUCAGGACUGAGCUCCGGGCUGCUCGUCGAUUGGCUGGAGCAUCUUGACCCUGAGGUCACGUCAGUGUGUCCGGACCUUCAACAGAAACUGCUGUUUGCGCUCAACAAGGCACGUGGGACCGCUGCCUACAGACCCUAUCUUUUGGCCUUGCUUACACAUCAGUCAAACUGGUCCACCCUCCUGCAGUGUAUCAGUGCUCUUCUCGGCAAGCGCAGAGACUACAAACUGGACCCAUCAUCCGCCCUGGAUUUCCUGUGGGCGUGCAGCCACAUCCCGCGCAUCUGGCAAGGACGUGACCAGAAGAUCCCUCAAAAGAAAACUGAGAAGUUUGUGCUGCGACUCAGUUCGGAGGAGCUCAGCAGCCUGGUGGACCUGAUCCUAUCAGAGUCGGAGCUCAACGGUCACGAUUCACAACAUGAUGGCAAAAGCAGCGUGGACCAGGCCUCCUGCCCCCUCAUCCAGUCCAGGCUGCCCCUCCUUCACUCCUACUGCAGUGGAGAUCUGGAAAACAUCAAGAAAGUCUCAGAGUACCUUAUCAACUGCACAAAGAAAUGGGAGGACAGCGCGAUGAGUAAGCGGUGCCAGAACUUGCUGCUGCAGAUCUAUCUGCAUUUUCCUGAGGUCAUCCAGCACGUCACCCUGCCCGACGGCACUUUCAGCAGCGGAGGGGCUGCAGACGGCAGCAGCUGCAAGCUUGAUGUCCUGGUCCAUCGCCUGGUCACUCUGCUCGCUGAUAUAGGAGACUCUAAAUCUGCAGAGAACCGUGUGUCUGAUGCUAACCUUGCCUGUAGGAAGCUGGCUGUGUCGCACCCCGUCCUUUUGCUCAGACACCUGCCCAUGAUUGCAGGUCUUCUCCACGGUCGCAUUCACCUAAACAUGCACGAGUUUCGGCAGCAAAACCACAUGACCUUCUUCAGCAAUGCGCUCGCCAUCCUGGAGCUGCUGCAGCCGCUUGUUUUCCACAGCGACCACCAGAGGGCGCUUCAAGACUGCCUUCUGUCCUUCAUGAAGGUCCUUCAGAACUUUCAGAGGACUCGUUCUCCGUUGCUCUUCAUCAACAAAUUUCUGCAGUUCACACAGAAGUACAUAACGCACGAUGCGGCGACAGCCAUUCCCUAUCUACAGAAGCACUCUGACAUCUUACAGUGUCUGAGUGCAGAAAACCCUGACCUGGUCCAGCUGAAAUCCCUGCUGGCUGGACUCACUUUGCCAGUGAAAAGCUCUUCUGCAGAGGUCACCACAGAAGAAAGGGAUGACGACUUGUCCACUGGUUCCCUGCCCCUGGUCAACAUAUCCGCCUCAGUUUCACUGAGUGCGGCUGACAUGACAAUGUACCUGAAAAAGAUGUCAAGAGGCGAAGCCGUCGAGGACGUGUUAGAAGUGUUGACAGAGGUGGAUGAUAAGUCGAGGAGGAGCCCAGAGAUCAUCCAAUACUUCAUUAACGAUCUGCAGAGACUUAUGGUUUCCUCUGAGGAGCUGUGUCGGAACAUGGCCUUCAGUCUGGCCCUGCGCUGCAUGCAGAAUAAUCCCUGCCUGGCAACAGACUUCCUGCCGACUUUCAUGUACUGUAUGGGCAGCGGCAACUUCGACGUGGUACAGACUGCUCUCAGGAAUCUUCCAGAAUACGUGCUUCUCUGUCAGGAACAUGCAGACAUCUUGCUCCACAAGGCGUUUUUAGUGGGUAUCUAUGGACAAAUUGACACCAGUUCAAUGAUCUCAGAGUCUAUGAAAGUCCUUCACAUGGAAGCAACAACAUAACAACAAAGUGCACAACUCCACAUCUGAUUGGAAAUGGUGUCAUUCACUCUCUGCAUUCCACAGCUAGAUAAUUCUUUUUUUUUUAAUAGCCUUUAGUUCAAACGUUGCUCUAAUUUGAUGAUGGCAGAUUAACGAACUCUUUGGCUCUUCAAUGGUUCAGAUUAAAGGAUCCUCCAGUGAGCUGGUAGCUACCAGUGUUAUAAUUCAGCGACUUCAAAGAAUGUAUUAAAACUCCCUCUAAAUGAGUUGAAAAUGUAAUAAUUAAAACUGUGAAAUUGGUAAUUGUAAUAAAGUCACAAUUAGUGCGUCCAUUACUUUGUAAAGGAUGUAAAUUAUUUUUUAACUGAUAAUGUAACAAUACAUUAACCAAUAAUGAAAAAAGACAAAAACUGGAACAUUAUUAGGCGAUGUUAAUAUAUAUAAUGCGUGAAAGAUAACACAUAAUAUACAAAAUUGGAGAAAUAUUGAAAACAUAAUAAAUAGUGACAUAAUAAAUAGUCUUGUAUUACAAAUAUUUAAAAAAAAAAAAAAAAAAAACUUUUCAAUUAAAUUGAAAUAAUUAUAAAAGCAUUUUGGUUGCAUUUAGAGGGAGAUUUUUGCAUUUCUGCAGUUAUUAAAUUACCAGCCGUUCCAUUAUUCGGCACCACAAAUGUCAUUGUGUAUUUGGAAAUUGGCAACCUGGUUUUUGGCUUCAUAUUUUUAAAAGUUUAAAUAAAAAAUAUCAACAUUAUUUGUUUAAAAAAAAAAAAAAAAAAAGCACACCAAACAAUGUUGCCAAAAAAAUAAGAAGUCAAAACAGUUUUGUGCAUUCCUUUAACUGCUGAAAUUAAUGCUUUAAAGUCAUGAUGCUUUGCUGUUACUGAAACACCAUCUGUGAGCCGUCACUAAGAUGUGUGAACUGAAUAAAAUAAUUUUUAGGAAAUUA